AUGAAUAAUAUAUCUAGAGCUAAGGAGGCUGAAAGUGAAUAUCGUCGUGGUUUACUACUUGAAUAUCAAGGAAAUCUGAUUCAGGCAAUAGGAUGUUAUAGAAGAGCUUUGAAGAUAUUUCCUGAUCUUGAUGAAAAGAGUAUGGUCUUAAAUUUGACUGAAAAACAGAGGUAUCGUAGGGAUUUGUAUUAUUUUAAUAUUGAUAGUGAAGACGAGUUAGUUGACUCUAUAUAUGAAAAUACAUCAAGUAGUAUUUUAGAUAAAAGAAACCAAUUUUCAGAAUCUAUUACUAAUACAGAUAAUAGGAGUAAUAUUCAAGUAUCACUUCAACACUUUUUUUUGGUUAGAAGAAACUUCCUGAAUAGUAUGAAGUCUGACUAUAUGUCAAAGAUAAUCCAACUUCUUGAUAUAGAUAAAUGGGAUAGAAUGGAUAUUUCAACAGUUACUAAAUCUAUAAAUUGUUAUUCGAUGUAUUUAAUUCUAAAUCCAUUAACUUUUGGAGAAAUUAUGUUGUAUUUAGAUACCUUUUCAUGUGGUAUACUAAGCACAACAUGUAAAUAUUUCAACUAUUUAGUAAAAACAUCUUGGAUAUGGGAAUAUAAGUGUCAUUGUAUCUGGGGAAACUCAAUAUGGUCUAGCACUCUUAUAAAUUCGUCAACAAUAUCUAAACACUAUUAUUAUACGCUUUAUCUUAAUCAUCCGAGAAUCAGAUAUGAUGGAAUAUAUAUUAGUCGCUGUUCGUACUUUCGAAAAAUAUCUGAAUCAGGUAAUAUUCAUCUUGAUGAUAUUCAGAGGCAGAAAUGUAUGUGUGAUUUGUCUAUAAUUCAAGUUACUUAUUAUCGUUAUUUACUAUUCAUUGCAAAUACCAAUAUAGUCUUAAUACUUAGAAGCUCCCAAAAUCCUAUUGAUGUUGUAAAGUAUCUUAAGAGUCACAAACUUGUUUCUAAGUAUUUACAACUUGUAAAUAUUAAAGAUAAUUUGGAUUUACAAAUCAAAUUAGAAGAUAGUGAUAUUAAUAAUUUAAUUAUUGGAACAUGGUGUUUCAAGCCUAAUGAAAUUUGUAAAUCUGAAGAUUCAAAUGAUAUUAUCAUUAUAUAUAAAGAAUAUCCAACAAUUAUUAACGAGGUUUCAUUUAAAAUUCAAGGUAGUGACACUAAUAAAUCAAAUGGAUAUCUCAAAUAUACUGAAUUUAAAAUGACCAAAAUUAAUGGGAACUAUUCUGACUCCACUUAUCUGUGUGUUGAUAAUAAUCACUUUAGAUCAUUUGAAUUUUACAGAAUUAGAUCUUAUCGUCAUCUUUAUUAG